AUGUCGCUGCAUGGGCCAUGUAGCGCCGACGAUGAUGCAUCUAGUAUUUACAGCCGACCACCCCAUACACCGAAGCUUGCGCAGCCAUCGGCUAGUCCAACCCCGCAUGAUCUGCCCGACAUUCAACCGCUCGAUCACCAAAUAUACCUGGCUCGCGGAUCCACCAUCGCGCUGGAAACCACCCGGGCACGGUUGCAGUGUGCCAAAGACAACCGGCGACUCUCGUUGCCGGAGACCAUUGUUGAAAAGAAGCGACAGUGGCAAUGUCAGGAUCACGAGAAUCGCUUCUUUGAAACCUGCCUGGAAAUCCUGGAGGACUUGUCCGCGGUCGCCGUCGAUGUAUCUCAAGAGCUGAUUUUGCAAUACGAGUUCGAGCCAGAGACCAGCCCGGAGGGCAACGCGCGCGUUCGACGAGCAAACCAGCGGCUUCGCAGCGCCCUGCAGCAAGCGCUCGAGCGGGAAGCACGCGCGGAGUUUGAAUGGAAAAGACAAUGGAAUGUCCCUCGGAUCGGAGGCGCUUCCGUGAGGUGGGUCUAG